AUGUGUGGUGGAUGGUGGACCCCCGCCCCGUGCCUUGGGAGUCUAGAGCUGGGUGGGGGCCCGGGCUCCCGACGCCAGCCUGUGGACUCGGCGCUCAGGGAGAGGUCACUUGGCUUGCUUACACAAUGGCAUUAUCUCAGUUCCAGCCACGGCUACUGCAGCGGUGAGCACUUCCUGUCCCUCUGUGAGCACUUCCUGUCCUUGGCGCAGAAGCACGGAGUGUCCGCCUUGUACGAGCCAGUGGAGAAAGGCUACGGGCCGCCAGUCUCGCUCUCGAUUCGUCUGUUGGGGGCAUUCUUGGGAAUCGCACAAUGCGUUGGCUGGCUCCGUUGUGCCGAGCUGUGA